AUGUCGGAUUACACUCAUCGGAGAUAUGGGAACGGCACCUUUAAGGGAAAGCGACCUCAAGAAGACGCAAUUUGUAGGCGCCGCCGGCUACGUGGUGGCCUCUGCUCCGGAGCCGCGCAGAUGCCCCUCGCCAGUGUGGUUUCUGAGGAAACUACAUUACCCAGGAUUCUCCGCGGUGCUGGGCCAAUGAAGGCCCGGGAGAGGAGUGUUUCUGUUGAGGCGGGCCUGAGGAUCGCGUCCUCGCACCUGUCGACCAUUAAUGACCCCCUCCCCUCCGCGCGCCUUCCCGGUCCACAGGUUCCGGUGGCGGCGGCCGCACUGACGGACCCUGCGCAGGUUCCAAUGAAUUCAGAAGUAAUUAUGGACCCUUUACAGGGACAGGUGAACUUUGAGGACGUGGCCGUGUACUUCUCCCAGGAGGAGUGGGGGCUCCUUGAUGAGGCUCAAAGGCUCCUGUACCGAGAUGUGAUGCUGGAGAACUUGGCACUUAUGGCCUCGCUGGGAUAUGAAUCUUCCAUGUCCCGUGGGGUUGCCUCACUGGAGCUGGGCAGCAAGCCCUGGGGAUCUGACUGGGCAGACGCUACUCCAGCCAGGACCAGAGAGGCUCAGGGUUGUUUUCAUGGAAUGGAGGAUGAGGAGAUAGCUUUUGAGCAGAACAUUCCUGUGGGAGUGUCACAGGUCAGGACUCCUAAGACAGGUCCUUCUACCCAGAAGGCCCGCCCCUGUGAGACUUGUGGCCUGGUCUUGAAAGACAUUUUGCACAUGGCUGAGCACCAGGGAACACACCCUGGGCAGAAAUCGUACGUGUGUGGGGCAUGUGGGAAACAAUUCCGCUUCAAUGCAAACCUUCAUCACCAGAAGCAGCACAGUGGAGAGGAACCCUUCAGAGGGGACAAGGGCAGCACCUUGCUGGUGAACAGCUCCCCUCCUGAACCAUUGGAGAUGCCUUUUACGACAGGGAAGGGUUAUAAGGACUUCCCAACUAGCUCAAGCAUUUUCCAGCACCAUGCCCCUCAUAGUAAGUGGAAGCCAAACAGUAACACCAAAUGUGUGGAUGCCUUUCACAGUGGACAAAGGCAUUACGAGUGCAGCGAAUGUGGGAAAGCGUUCAGCCGCAAAGACUCACUCGUCCAGCACCAGAGAGUCCACACUGGAGAAAGGCCUUAUGAGUGCAGCGAAUGUGGGAAAACCUUCAGCCGCAAACCCAUACUUGCUCAGCACCAGAGAAUCCACACUGGAGAAAUGCCAUACGAGUGUGGCAUAUGUGGGAAAGUUUUCAAUCAUAGCUCCAACCUUAUUGUACACCAGAGAGUCCACACUGGAGCAAGGCCUUACAAGUGCAGUGAAUGUGGGAAAGCCUACAGCCACAAAUCCACACUUGUUCAGCAUGAGAGUAUCCAUACUGGAGAAAGGCCUUAUGAGUGCAGCGAAUGUGGGAAAUACUUUGGUCACAAAUACAGACUCAUUAAACACUGGAGUGUUCAUACUGGAGCAAGGCCCUAUGAGUGCAUUGCAUGUGGGAAGUUCUUUAGCCAGAGCUCUGACCUUAUUGCACACCAGAGAGUUCACAAUGGUGAAAAGCCCUAUGUGUGCAACGACUGUGGAAAAGCCUUUAGCCACAAACAUGUACUUGUUCAGCACCAUAGAAUUCACACUGGAGAAAGACCAUAUAAGUGCAGUGAGUGCGGGAAGGCCUUCAGGCAAAGAGCUUCCCUCAUCCGACAUUGGAAAGUUCACACUGGAGAAAGGCCUUAGGAUGGCAGGGAAUACACUGUUUCCUUGUUCAACAUAGUGACUGACAGCAGAGAGAAGCUCUGAGAUUAGCCUUCGUGAGUAGCCAUCAGCCAGAAGUUGAACCUCAUACAUUUAAGCAUGUUCUGAAUGCCACCUAUGUGGGAAGCUUUCUGGUGCAGUGUUGGACUCUGUAACCUGUCCAGGAGCCUUGCCAGAGUUCUGUCACUGCCCGUAUCUCAGAAAAACAAAAAACCAGCCAUGUAUGGAAUGGCAGAGUCCCACAUUGUGUGUAAGUCCCCCAAACGUUUUCUAAUAGGCAGACCUCUGCUGCUCCUCCCUUCCCUAGAGGGAGUCAUCAGUACCCGGAGCCCAUUAAGGAUCUUCACCGCUUCCUGCCGCCUUCUCCACCAGCUAGUACAAGCAUGGACGUGACCUAGUUUUGGUCAGAAGGUUGCAAGCUUUGUUCUGGCUGCUUGCGGAGAAGGUUUCCAUUUUUCAUGGGCUUUGUUGGUCUCAUUUUGCACUCAUGAUAGACUUGUCCAGCCUCCAAGUCACCUACCUUAGGAAUUCCCAUCUCAUAUUGUUUUGUUUUUGCAACAAAUGUUUUAGGUUUUAAACUAUAUUGUGGGGGAUUCUGUUCACUCUGUCCGUUGUAUCAAGAACCGAAGGGGUUCUGCCAGCAUGAAGGGAGGAACAGCUUUUGUGAGAGCUCCAAAUGUGUCUCAGUGGUGUUAGAAUGGCAAGCAAAGAACAGCUCUCAUUUUAGCCUAACUUGCAUUACUGCUGAAGGCCUCCUGUGAAAGAAUACUGAUCUUGGUGGGCCUAAUCUUUUGGCCUGUAUGCCAGGAUUAUUUGUGUCAUCAAGGUCACCCUGAGCAGUGGGCAGUUGUGACAGCCUCUGGUGUAUCUGGGAGCAGUAUGAAUUGGUUCUCUUGAUCCAGAGGGAUGUUUCGUAGUCCCAUAUUCUCUUGAUGAGAACUUGACCCUCUGGGACCUGCCAGUGCCCCUGAAAUCUAUUAUUUAGCAGGCAGAUGUCACUGUCCCCUAAAAAGACUAGGUAGGUAUCAUAAUUGGCACAGAGAAACUGAUUAAUGGGGAGUUAGGAGCAAACUGUAGGGAAUGUGACUCUUAAAAAGGUAUAUCCACAUGUUACCAUCACUAUGGCUUUGGUGUGAGGUUUUACAGAAAUUCUCAGGAUUCCCAUAUUAGUGUCUCUUAUGGUUAUGGUCACUGUUAGAGCAAUCAAUCGAAGGAUUUUCUGCAAUUAAUUGCACAUAUUUAUAGUAUACAGUUUGAUAAGUUUUGAUACAUGUUUGCACCUGUGAAGCCAGGUUUUCUUAUUUGUCCUACAAUCCCUCUCCCCUUUACCCAUUCCCAGGCAACCGUUCAUCUUGCUCUCUGUCACUGUAGAUUUCUUUGCAUUUCCCAGAAUUUUAUAUCUAUGGAAACAUUUAUGUACACAGGUAACACUUUAAUAUGUACUCUAUGUACCUGGCUUUAACUCUGCAUAAUUAUCUUGUGAUUCAUCAGUGUCAUGUGCAUCAGUAGCUUAUUCCAUUGCAUUCAUACUUUUGCUGAAAGUGUUCCAUUUUAGAGAAAGAGUUCCAAAUCAAGUGAUCCAGUAGAGAGCUCACACAAAAACAAAACCACAGUAUCUGUUAAAACCUUUUCCUAGAAGUGAUGUGUUAACAUUCCUGACUUAUUCUAAGUGGAAGGGGACUCCACAACAGGGACAACACGAGAAGGUAGGGAUUUCUAAGAGAAUCUCUUGGACAGUGGUUACCACAGUCUUAGGGGUUUUUUUUUUUUUCUUUACACUUUUAGUCUUUUAAUGAUUAAUUACAUUGACUAAUUUUAAAAACUUAAACCGACCUUACAUUUCUAAGGUGAGCCCCAUUUGGUCAUGAUGUAUUCUUUUUAUGUAUUUUUGUAUUUAUUUGCCUUUUUUUUUUUUUUAAGAUUUUUGCAUCUGUGCUCAUGAGGGAUGUUAGUCUCUAAUUUUCCUUAAUGCCUGGGUUUAGUUGGUAUCACCAUAAUACUGGCUUUACACAUUAUGUUGGUUAAGUAUUCCCUGAUUUUUAAUUUUGUGGAACAGUUUGUGAAGAAUUGGUGUUAUUCUUUGUUUUGUAGAAUUCACCAGUGAAAUAAUUGGGCCUGGAGUUUAUUCUAUGGGAAGAUUUGUAAUUACAAGUUUAAUUUUCAUAGUGGAUAUAGAUCUAUAGAAGUUACCUUUUUUCCCCUAGAGUGAGCAUUGGUGGUUUGUGUCAUUUAAGGAGUUCAUUUUAUUUAAGUAGUCAAACUUUUGAAACUAUUCUCUUACUAUUUUACUACCUGCAGUAUCUUUACUGAUGCCACCUCUCAUUCCUGUGUUAACCUUAAAAAUAAAACUGCCAGUUAUUUUACCGGGAAAAAAAAAAAAAGUAUAUUAGGGAAUAGCUGAGAUUGCAACCCAGGACAAGUGAGUUUUAGCAAAACCAUAAGCAAGUCUGGAGAACAAAGGUGAAGAAUGCUUUUUUAUAGAGGAAAGGGGAAAUUAGGAAGGGCUGUUAUAAACUAAAAGGCCACUGGAAUAAACUGGGUGUUGGAACUACA